CUCCAGCCAGGGAAAACAACUGCUCACUUCUCCCUGCGUCCUCCCCGCGCGCUCUGUGUCCCGGGGCCGCGGGAGCGCAGCCGGCCAGGGGGCGCGCAGCGGGCCGGCCGCCCGCCUUCCCCUCGCCCGCCCGCCUGCUCGCUCCUCCUCUCCGCCUCCACUGGCUCCGGCCUCCUCGGCCCGGCCUCACUGCGGGGCCUGGCGGAGCUCCUCCAGGCAGGGAAGUUUCUGAGCUCCCCGCGGUCGAGCCUCCCUCUCCCGCCGCCUCGCGCUGGGCCCCCUCCCUGCCCGCUCCCUCCUCACUCCGCCGCCUCGCUGCGCUCUCCGCGCCCGGCCGCGCGCUCCCGGCCCUCGACCCCUGCCGGCGCCGGGCCCUUAGCCCCUCGCCCGGCGCUCCCCCGGGGUCGCGCGGCCCGGAUGCCCGGGCCCCGAGGGGUCGCCAGCGGCCUGGCCCCUGCGAUGCGCGGGGCGGGGGCGGCGGGGCUGCUGCCUCUGCUUCUGUUGCCUCUGCUGGGCCCGGGCGGCGGGGCCGAGGGGGGGCCGGCCGGCGAGCGAGGCGCCGGCGGGGGCGGGGCGCUGGCCCGAGAGCGCUUCAAGGUGGUCUUUGCGCCGGUGUACUGCAAGCGGACGUGUCUCAAGGGCAAGUGUCACGACAGCUGUCACCACGGCACCAACAUGACGCUGAUCGGAGAGAACGGCCACAGCACAGACACGCUCACGGGCUCCGGCUUCCGCGUGGUGGUGUGCCCUCUGCCCUGCGUGAAUGGCGGCCAGUGCUCCUCCCGGAACCAGUGCCUGUGUCCCCCCGACUUCACUGGUCGCUUCUGCCAGGUGCCCGCUGGAGGAGCUGGCGGGGCCGGAGGAGGCUCAGGCCCAGGGCUGGCCCGGGUGGGGUCCACAGGCACCCUGCAGCACCUGGUUCCAGAGGGCGAGUCUGUGGCAAGCAAGCAUGCUAUCUACGCGGUGCAGGUGAUCGCCGACCCUCCCGGGCCAGGGGAGGGGCCUCCUGCCCAGCACGCGGCUUUCCUGGUACCCCUGGGGCCAGGACAGAUAUCAGCAGAAGUGCAGGCCCCGCCCCCCGUGGUGAACGUCCGAGUCCACCACCCGCCCGAGGCCUCUGUCCAGGUGCACCGCAUCGAGGGGCCCAACGCUGAGGGCCCUGCCCCUUCCCAGCACCUGCUGCCGCACCCCAAGCCUCAACACCCUCGACCACCCACCCAGAAGCCCCUGGGCCGCUGCUUCCAGGACACCCUACCCAAGCAGCCAUGUGGCAGCAACCCCCUGCCCGGCCUCACCAAGCAGGAGGACUGCUGUGGGAGCAUCGGCACUGCUUGGGGCCAGAGCAAGUGCCACAAAUGUCCCCAGCUGCAGUACACAGGGGUACAGAAGCCAGGCCCUGUACGGGAGGUGGGCUCUGAGUGCCCCCAGGGCUACAAGAAGUUGAACAGCAGCCACUGCCAGGACAUCAAUGAGUGUGCGAUGCCAGGGAUGUGUCGGCACGGCGACUGCCUCAACAGCCUGGGCUCCUAUCGCUGCAUCUGCCCACCUGGCCACAGCUUGGGCCCCUCCCGCACUCAGUGCAUUGCGGACAAGCCGGAGGAGAAGAGCCUGUGUUUCCGCCUGGUGAGCCCAGAGCACCAGUGCCAGCAUCCCCUGACCACGCGCCUCACCCGCCAGCUCUGCUGCUGCAGCGUGGGCAAGGCCUGGGGAGCAAGGUGUCAACGCUGCCCAGCAGAUGGCACUGCUGCCUUCAAAGAAAUCUGUCCAGCUGGGAAGGGGUACCACAUCCUCACCUCCCACCAGACGCUCACCAUCCAGGGCGAAAGUGACUUUUCCCUUUUUCUGCAUCCUGAUGGGCCACCCAAACCCCAGCAGCUCCCUGAAAGCCCCAGCCGUGCGCCACCACCUGAGGACACAGAGGAAGAGAGAGGAUUGACCACGGAUCCACCAGAGAUCGAGGAGCGGUCAGUACAGCAGAGCCACCCUAUAGCCACCACCUCUCCUGCCCGGCCCUACCCAGAACUGAUAUCCCGCCCCUCGCCACCUACCAUCCGCUGGUUCCUGCCCCCAGACUUGCCCCCCUCCCGCAGUGCGGUAGAGAUCGCCCCCACUCAAGUCACAGAGACCGACGAAUGCAGACUGAACCAAAACAUCUGUGGCCAUGGAGAGUGCGUCCCCGGCCCCUCCGACUACUCCUGCCACUGCAACCCGGGCUACAGGUCGCAUCCGCAGCACCGCUACUGCGUGGACGUGAACGAGUGUGAUGCGGAGCCAUGCGGCCCGGGGAAAGGCACCUGCCUGAACACCGGGGGCUCCUAUAACUGUCACUGCAACCGCGGCUACCGCCUGCACGUGGGCCCCGGGGGCCGCUCGUGUGUGGACCUGAACGAGUGCGCCAAGCCCCACGUGUGCGGCGACGGCGGCUUCUGCAUCAACUUUCCCGGCCACUACAAGUGCAACUGCUACCCGGGCUACCGACUCAAAUCCUCCCGCCCGCCGGUGUGCGAAGAUAUCGAUGAAUGUCGGGAUCCCAGCACCUGCCCUGAUGGCAAAUGCGAGAAUAAACCCGGGAGCUUCAAGUGCAUCCCGUGUCAGCCCGGCUACCGCAGCCAAGGGGGCGGGGCCUGUCGCGACAUCAACGAGUGCGCUGAGGGCAGUCCCUGCUCUCCUGGCUGGUGUGAGAACCUACCCGGUUCUUUCCGCUGCACUUGCGCUCAGGGGUACGCGCCCGCGCCCGAUGGCCGCAGUUGUGUAGACGUGGAUGAGUGUGAGGCUGGGGACAUCUGUGACAAUGGCAUCUGCACCAACACACCAGGCUCCUUCCAGUGUCAGUGCCUCUCUGGCUACCAUCUGUCAAGGGACCGAAGCCACUGCGAAGACAUCGAUGAAUGUGACUUUCCUGCUGCCUGCAUUGGGGGUGACUGUAUCAACACCAAUGGCUCCUACCGAUGUCUCUGCCCUCAGGGGCAUCGGCUGGUGGGUGGCAGGAAGUGCCAAGACAUAGACGAAUGCAGCCAGGACCCCAGCCUGUGCCUGCCCCACGGGGCCUGUGAGAACCUGCAGGGCUCCUACGUGUGUGUCUGCGAUGAGGGCUUCACACCCACCCAGGACCAGCAUGGAUGUGAGGAGGUCGAGCAGCCCCACCACAAGAAGGAGUGCUACCUUAACUUCGAUGACACGGUGUUCUGCGACAGUGUACUGGCCACUAACGUCACCCAGCAGGAGUGCUGCUGCUCGCUGGGGGCUGGCUGGGGAGACCACUGCGAAAUCUACCCGUGCCCAGUCCACAGCUCAGCUGAGUUCCACAGCCUCUGCCCCGACGGAAAGGGUUACACGCAGGACAACAACAUUGUCAACUACGGCAUCCCCGCCCACCGUGACAUCGACGAGUGCAUGUUGUUCGGGGUGGAGAUCUGCAAGGAGGGCAAGUGCGUGAACACGCAACCUGGCUACGAGUGCUACUGUAAGCAAGGCUUCUACUACGACGGGAACCUGCUGGAAUGCGUGGACGUGGACGAGUGUCUGGACGAGGCCAACUGCAGGAACGGCGUGUGCGAAAACACGCGCGGCGGCUACCGCUGUGCCUGCACACCGCCCGCUGAGUACAGCCCGGCGCAGCGCCAGUGCCUAAGCCCGGAGGAGAUGGACGUGGACGAGUGCCAGGACCCGGCGGUGUGCCGCCCUGGCCGCUGCGUCAACUUGCCGGGCUCCUACCGAUGCGAGUGUCGCCCACCCUGGGUGCCCGGGCCCUCCGGCCGCGACUGCCAGCUCCCCGAGAGUCCGGCCGAGCGGGCCCCGGAGAGGCGCGACGUGUGCUGGAGCCGGCGCGGGGAGGACGGCAUGUGCGCGGGGCCCUUGGCCGGGCCUGGGCUCACGUUCGACGACUGCUGCUGCCGCCAGGGCCGCGGUUGGGGCGCACAGUGUCGCCCGUGCCCGCUACGCGGCGCCGGGUCCCAGUGCCCGACGUCGCAGAGUGAAAGCAAUUCAUUUUGGGACGCGAGCCCCCUGCUGUUGGGAAAACCCCCGAGAGGUGAGCGAGGCAGAGGUGGGGGCCCGCUGCCCCUCGUGUGGGGGGGUGUUGACGCCCGCAUCCCUCCGGCUGGCACAGACGAGGACAGCUCCGAGGAGGACUCCGAUGAGUGCCGCUGCGUGAGUGGCCGCUGCGUACCACGGCCGGGCGGCGCUGUGUGCGAGUGUCCCGGCGGCUUCCAGCUGGAUGCCUCCCGGGCCCGCUGCGUGGAUAUUGAUGAGUGCAGAGAACUGAACCAGCGCGGGCUGCUGUGCAAGAGCGAGCGCUGCGUGAACACCAGCGGCUCCUUCCGCUGCGUUUGCAAGGCCGGCUUCGCACGCAGCCGCCCACAUGGGGCGUGUGUACCCCAGCGCCGCCGCUGAGUGGCCUGGCUGCUUGCUGGUCACUGAGAGGUUUCCGUAGACACUGGGGGCAAACGUGGUACCUCGCUCCUGCCCCAACUGGGGAUUCGGGCCCAGGAACUCACCAACUCACCGGGGCCUUUUCUGCACCAAAGGCCCCUGAUUUAUGCCUGGGUGUUGAGUCUGCUGGUCACUGCCAGCCAUCCUGAGGACAAGUCCUAGAAGUUGGUAAAUCAGAUCGUGCCUCUUCGAUUUACUCUUGGCUUUCCAAGCAAACUGACAUUCACACUGUGGUUGGCCAGGACUGUGCAGGGCAGUGCCAGCCCCCACCCAUCUUGGUGGGGCCACACUGAGCCCAGGACCGAGGGUGUGAAAUAGAAUUUAUUGUGGCUCUGAUUAUGUACACGUGAGAUGUGCCUGGCGGGCCAGCCGGGCUCACAUGGUUUGUACAAUAAAUACAUGGGCUGGGCCUGCUUUCCUGGUAGGAGCGCCCCCCCAAGGGUUCAGUCCA